AUGACUCUCGACUACUUUGAGCCUGCGACCCCGCGCUCCGAGUCGACCUCUGCCGACGCGAGCGCGUCCAUUCGAGUCCAUACGAUUGGCAUUGCGCUCACGGCACGCAAGCAGCUUCGAGGUCAUUUUCUGACGUUGCCCGUGCCGCUGUUGCUUUUUGUGGCUUUUAUCACGAUGGUACUGACCCACACGCCGAUCCAACGGGUCUACAUGGCCAACCACGGUGUCGCGAUGACGCUCAACCCCAAGGUGUCGGACGUUGCGCAGUCGCAGAAGGUGGUGAAUUUUAUGAAAAUCCGGUCGCUCGACGACAUUCCUCGCUGGGUCAACAACUCGGUGCUGCCCGCGCUCUUUACAAACACGUCCAUGAACGGCUCGCCCUUGCCGCGCGAGCUUCGAGGCCGCGUGAGCUCGUACCAUGCGCUCGUUGGUGCCGCGACCUUCUUGACGUUCAACACCAACGCGACCGACUGCCAAAGUGCAAGCGACAUUGCCGCCAACUUUGGCCCAUGCUAUGACUAUGAUGUCGAGGUCGCCAUCGACACGCCGGGCCCUUUGAGCUGGCGCAACAUGCGCUUCGUGCCGUGGAACACCUUGCACAUUCCGGUGGCGCAUCCCGACCCGUACGGGCGCUGGCAGCGCUGGCUCAAGGAGAGCGCGGAAAACAACUAUGGUCUCUCGAUCACGACGCGCGAGUUUGCCGUCACGAUCACGACGUACAACGGCCAGCUCGACCUCUUUACGUACCAGCGCUUUCGCAUUGAAGUCGACGAAGGCGGCGCUUGCAACCCGAGCUACAAGGUGCAGAGCAUCCCGACCAACCCGUACGCGACGUCGCACCUCCACAUUGCGCUCGACGCUGUCGUGUGGCUGCUCGUGCUGUAUGUGCUGUGUCGCCGCGUCGCCGCGCUUCUGCGUCAAAUCCGUGGCCACAUACCGUGGUCGUGCAGCCUCGGCAUCGCGCUAAUCGAGUGGUGCUCGAUCGCUAGCGUCGCGCUCUACUAUGCGGCAUGGUUUCGCAUUUGCACCAAAUUCUUCAACUCGGGCCUCGAGACCCAGCUACGGACGCUCAACUCGUUUUAUGACGAUUUGUACACGCUGCCACUCAACGCGAACGAGACAACUCGACUCGGUCAAGACAACCAGCGCCACCGCAUGGAGUCCAACCCGCAGCCGGAGGUGUCGGACAUCCUCGACUCGUUUGGCGGCGCAAUCGACAUUGUGUACGUCGUCUCGAUUGUCGCCUGUCUCCAGCUCGCUAUCCACGUCUUGGCGGCGUUUCAGUUCCACCCGACGAUGAACGUGUUGACCAACACUAUUGUGACGAGCAUCAAGCGGCUCGGAUCGUUCCUCUUUGUAUUUGGCCUUGUCGUCCUCUCGCUCGCCACGUCCGGGUGCUUGCUCUUUGGCCCGCAACUCGACGAGUUUAGCCGCCUCGACAAGGCCAUGGUCACGUGCGUCAACAUGCUCUACGGUGGCUUGAGCUACGAGCUCAUUAAAGACGUCAACGACCUCGCCAUCGUGUGGUUCUGGGCGAGCCAGUCCAUCGUCUACAUGGUGCUCGUCAACAUCAUGCUGGCCGUCGUCAUCACGUCGCACCAAGAAAUUGUCGCCGUCAACUUUGGCAAGCGGUCGUUUGUGGACGAGUUCUUCCUCGUUGUGCGCGACGUCAUCAAGAUCUACCUCUUGCGACGCCCGGACCUCUUCAAGAGGCUCGCCAAUCGCAUGCCGUUUGAGCCCCACCGCGAUGUAUGGACCGCCGAUGACGUGGCAGCGACGCUAGGGAUCACCUACCUGCGCGCCACGCGGCUCAUCCGCAAGCUCCAGCACUACGCCGCCUCGGUCGACGUGGACGAGCCGGUGGUGCGUCCGAUGGCUUUGGCUGCGCGCAGUGCACCGUGCGGCCAUUGCCACGACAUGGAGGCCAAGAUGCUAGCCAUGGACGCCAAGCUGGCCUUCUUGAUCGAGCACAUCACGACGAAGCAUCUCGGCUAA